UAAUUAAACAUAACAUCUUAACAUACAAUGUAAAAGAAAAGUUAAUUAAUAAAAAUUGAAAGUUUGAUAAAAAAAAAAAAAUUACAAUAUAAAAAAUGGCAACUAAUUAUCAGGAUCCUGAAUGCACAGUUUUUGUAUCUAAUAUUGAAAGUCGUGUGACAGAAGAACUCCUAUGGGAACUUUUUUUACAAGCUGGUCCGUUAAAGAAUGUUCAUAUCCCAAUUGACCGUAGUAGUGGUAAAUCCAAAACAUUUGCAUUUGUUACUUACAGCGAUAUUAGUGCUGUUGCAUUUUCUUGUGAGCUGUUUAACACAUUGAAGUUAUUUAAUCGUCCAAUUUACUGCAAACCAUCAAAAGACGGAAAAGCUCCUGUCAAAUCAAUUAGCAAUGACCACUCCCCUAUAAUUACACCACAUAAACCUGGUCAGCCACAAUUAAAUGAAUCUUUAAUGAAUAACUCAUGGGUUGAUGAUAGAUCACCACCUUCUGGAAGAAGAGAAUAUUCAAGCCGAGAAAGUCAUGUAGAUCAUCAAAGAAAUAACUUUGACUACAGGAACAGCCCUCAUGAGGUAAGAAGUAAUGGUCAUUCUAACAGAUAUGAUAGAGAUAAUGAUUUAUCACCUUAUGACUAUCAAGGCGGUAGACGGGGUGAAAAUCGUAAUCUUUCUGAUCCAUUUUCGAGAACAUACGAUGACAGUCGUCGAAUUGAAAGCUUGACAUAUAGACAUGAAGGAUAUGAUAGAAAUGAAAGAUCAAGUAACCAACAAAGUUCAGUUUUUCAAUUAGUGAGUAAUUCCAUCGACCAAUUAAGAAGAGAAAGCAGUUUUGGUAAUUCUCCUUUAAGAUAUGGUCCUCAAAGAGAUGAUUUAAUUCCACGACAUCGAGCUAGUAGAAAACAAAAUACACGACCUUACUAAAUAUAUUUUCUUUAUAGUGCGAAGAUUUAAAUUAAAUAAACAUUAUUGAAGAAAAGAAAUAAACAGUAAAAUAUGUUAAACAUUAUAGCAAGAAAUCUAAUUGAUUAUUUUGAAUUUUAAUCGAUCUUUAAUUUAACAUGUUUAAUGUUACUUGUUGUACUAUCCUGGUAUAAUGAAACACCGCAUUCAAAGUUUUGAAA